UUUGUAAUUAAAAAAGUGCAGGUUGCAACGAAAAAAACUACCACUUUGCGAUUCAGUGCAUCAAAUAUGUUAUUUUAAUUGUUAAAAGCAGUUUGUAAACUCAAACAGCAGAUAUGAGCGACGCUCCUGGAUAUUUGGACGGCGUCUGUGAAGGCUGUCUGAGCCCAGAGCGGCAACAGCCAGUGGAAAUCACUGAUAUUGAAAUUAAGAAACUGUUUUUCGAAAUUCUCAAUCAAGCGGCCGAUCAAAACAUAGAGAAUCUAAAGCUGCGUCUAUGCUCCGAGUGCAAGUCCAGCAUUAAGAAGUUCCUGACCUUCCGCCAACAGGUGCAGGACGCCCACGAGAUACUGUCCCGGCAUUUGAUCGCCUCAUCUCAGUCUACUCUACCAUCACAGCCCGCCGACAGUUACACUAAAACGCCCAGAUCCGUCAGUGAUGUUAAGACAAGUAUAGAUGUAACGCCCAAAGAGCUAGCGUUUAUAAAGGUAGAAGAUGGACUGGAUGACGGAGGAUGUUACCUAGAUGAUGGCGGUCAGGGAGGUGAUGAGGAUUUUAAGACAGUAUUAAAACCAGAGAUCUCGCAACCAAACCAGUUAGAUAUAAGCGUUAGUUAUAAAACAAAAGAAGAUGACUUCAAUGAGUCUGAUGAUGAACCGCUACACAAGAAGCGGAGUAAGAAGGGGGCGGGGGAGAAGAGAGGGAGGAAGAAGAAGAAAGAUGAUGCCUUACCUAAGAUAGACCGUCGAAAGUGUCCUGGGCCGAAGCGCGAGAGGCCGCCGGGCGUGGUGGACAACCCACGCGUCAGGCUGAAGUUGAAGCAACUGAAUGUGCCUGAUGGCAUGCUUGAAUGUGUUGUACUUAGCUGGGAAGAGGUGGAGGCUGAACGGCAGCGCGGGCUAUCGAGCGCGGCCUACUCCGGCCAGCAGUACCGCUGCGCCCACUGUGUGCUCGGUUUCAACCACCGCGCCAAGCUGCUCGCGCACAUGAACAAGCAUGACGCGAGCGCGGGUCCACUGGAGUGUAACGUGUGUCAUGUUCGCUGCAAGCACGCGCAUGCGCUCAGUGCACAUAAGAGAAGACAUCGACUUAGAUGGCGCUGCACAGUAUGCGGUCACACGAUGUCUCGCGCGGGAGUGGCGGCCGACCACUGCAGUCGCCGACACACCGCGCCGCCGCCUCAACACACGUGCCGUCUAUGCGGACAUACUGACGCGUUAGUAUGUUAUGUUAGUUUGGCAAAGUUGCGCAGUCAUAUGAAGAGUCACGCGGAGCGACAGCGAUGCGAGCUUUGCGGGAAGACGUUCCGGGAUAGAACAUCGUUGAGGACGCAUCUCUUUAUCCACUCGGGUGAGAAGGAAUUCUCGUGUUCUCGCUGCGACAAGCGCUUUCUGUUCAAGAAGGCGAUGCAAGUGCAUGCCAUGACUCAUGACGCACAUGCCAACCUGUAUUGUUACCAGUGUGAUGUAACGUUCAAGAAUCGCAUGUCGUACACACAACACAUGAAGUAUAGUCUCAAACACGUCGAUCCCGCACAACUCAAAUAUGCAUGCACGUCAUGCGACAAGCGGUUCCUGAAGGCAUCCCGUCUACACGACCACACGCUAGCUGUGCAUCUCAAGGCGACGCCCGUGCAUUGCUCCGUGCCCGGCUGUAGCUUUGCGUGUGCGUCUCGUCCGGUGCUUCGUGCUCACAUGCGCUCGCGGCACCGCGACGCCGCGCCGCGCAGGAACCACGUGUGUCAUACUUGCGGGAAGGCUUAUCUCACUAAGAAAAGUCUAGAAGGACAUCUCCGCGCGCACUCGGGCGAGCGUCCCUUCCGCUGCGCUGUGUGUGCCGCAUCGUUCGGGUAUGAAGCUGCGCUGUACAACCAUACGAGGCUCGUGCAUCUUAAACAUAAGUUAGGGCGCAGUGUACCUCCCCCCGCGCCGCCCGCACCCGACAUACCAUAGUUACACCUCACCGAUAUACUGUAGUACCUAUAUGUAUGUAGAUAUAAGUUAAAUUAUAACCACCUUAUUAUAAAACGUGGUAUUAGAAAGCACCCGUUUUAGUUAAAAUAAUAA